UCAGAUAUUCUACACACCAUCAACAAACACUUGCAACAGAAAAACAUCUUUCCUUAACCAAUGGAGAAGGCAACAAUCCAGCUGUUCCUCGCCGCGAUCAUGGUGGUGGCCGCUCUAGCGCCGCCGCAUGCGGAGGCCGCCAUCUCAUGCAACACGGUGGCGACUGACCUCUCCCCGUGCAUCAACUACGUGCUGUACGGCGGGGCGCCGGUGCCGCCGGUCAACUGCUGCCAAGGGAUCAAGUCCCUAUACAACCAGGCCUCCGCCACCGCCGACCGCCAGGCCGUCUGCUCCUGCCUCAAGUCCGUCGCCAGCUCCGCCACCCCCGCCAUCGUCACCAACGCUGCCGCACUCCCCGGCAAAUGCGGCGUCAGCAUUCCGUACAAGAUCAGCCCCUCCACCGACUGUUCCACAGUUCACUAAGAUGGUGGAGCAGGAUUGGAGCUUUUCCUCGAAUGAUGGAGCAACGUAGGACUAGAAUAACUAAUUAGGGUUUUGUGUUGGUUUGAAUGCUUCUGUUUAUCGAGAGAAGAGUUGGCGUCUAAGUAAUUAAUGUAGUACUUGUUUAUCUUUAAUUAAUAUCUAAAUCAGCUAUUGCUUUGUGUGUUCUUA